CCCAUCAUCAAUCAGUCAGGGCCUGUUCUUGGCUGUUAGACGACUUGUGGGCUUCACAAGACUGGACAGUUAUGGGCCAUGUUCACGACUCACUCAAGACACCGACAGACUCUUGGCAGAGAUGGAAGCUGCCCAAAUAUGAGCCUGCCGCCUAGUGUCGACGGAGUCACGCUGCGAGCUACGUAUAACGACAUCGUCAUAGGACAGAGCGAUCAGCCACUCACUUGCCUUCACCACAUCAGGGCACUCUCCACCUGGCACCACCAACCGUCAUUGGGCGGACGCGCCGGCACUCCAUGACGCCCCAGAAAAAGUCAACGACCGGACGGUCCGCCGCAGCCUUUCGCCCCGUCCUCAACGCCGUCCCAGCUUUGAGCGGAGCUUUGUAACGCCCGACCCGACUCUCUCAGAAACCACCCCCGCGGCUCGCCACACCCUCAGAAUCUGUGAACCUUAUCGUCGUGCCGACAACGAGCCGAGUCACGUCUCUCUCGUCGAAUCACUGGGCCGUUUUGCGGCGACCCCUCUCUCCCAAUGGACGGGUCCCAUGCCGCGUCUCGGCCCCAGUGUAACCCCCGGGGACUCCAGGUAACGACGAUGUCGGAGCGUUGCGACUCUGCGGGGAGAGCGAGGGGCGCCAUCGGUAUCUCAAAUGCAGCCCGGUAUGUUCGAGACUUUGCCGUCUAGUGUCUGAUUAGUUCUCUCGAUGCCCACGGCUUCCAGCCUCUGCCCAAUAUAAGUACUCAAUGGGGAGCCCUCCCCUUGACCUUUGACUUCCCCGGUCAUAUGUUCGCGACUCCAAUUUUGCAAUAAAAUUCGUGCUUCAAUCUGUAAGCACCGACAGUUGGGCCGUAUCUGCAAAGCCGUGCUCCCUCAGGCUCGCCCGCCGCCAUGCUCAUCGGACCCGCCAUCGCCGGCGAAGGCGACCCCGACCCUCGCCUGUCCUUGUCCGUGCCUGAGAAGGACCAGCCAACGACGUACCAGCCCGUCAACGGGCGCGACUCAUCCAUUUCGUUCGAGGAGUUCAUGUACUGGGCCGAGAUCUCUCGUGAAGAUGAGCGAGCAGCAGACAAGGCCUUUCGCGACGCCCGCGGCCCGCGCACGGUCAAGUCGACCAUCAAGAGCCGCUUUACAAGGGCGAACAACGGCAUGGAAGUCGACGCCGCCAGCCCCGAGACAAGCCGGGACACCAACGAUAGCGACGAAAGAAUAACAGGCGUGACGGAAAUGGAGUGGAAGAGGGCGAGUCGCGCGCUGCGUACCGCGAGUUGGGGGGCUGUCUUCUACCUCAUCACGACCGAUGUGCUGGGUCCCUUUUCGACGCCGUGGGCUUUCGCACAGAUGGGCUACGGCCCCGGCAUUGCCUUGUACACCGUGUUUGGUGCCAUGGCAGGCUACUCUGGCUGGAUUCUUUGGAAGGGCUUCCUCGGCCUCGACUCCGAUCGUUACCCCCUGGUCACCUAUGGUGACUUGUACUUCCGGCUCUUUGGCCAGAUCCCUCGACAUAUCGUCAACUUUAUGCUCGGACUGCAGCUCCUCCUCAACGUCGCCGCGCUCAUCCUCAGCAACGGACAAUCCAUCUCGCAGAUUUCCCAGGGCGAGAACGGCAGCAACGGGAAUGGCAUCUGCUUCGUCGCCUGUCUCGCCAUCUUCAUGGCCGCCGGGCUCAUCGUCGGGCAGAUCCGCACGCUACAGCGCUUCGCGUGGAUUGCCAACUUUGCCGUCUGGAUCAACCUCAUCAUCAUAUUUAUCUGCAUGGGUGUCGUGGUGCACUAUCCGCCCAACUUCAAGGCCACGCAGGCCUCCUUUGGCGACGCGUUUGGUCCCGGGCCGGUGAAGACGUUUGCUGGAACGCCGCCCGACGGCAUGGCCAGCGGAGGCACUGGCUUUGUCGCGUCCCUCAAUGGCCUCAACCAGGCUGUCUACUCGUACGGCGGAUGCAUGGCCUUUGUUGCCUUCAUGGCCGAGAUGCGCCAGCCGUGGGACUUUUGGAAGGGGCUUCUCUGCGGCGAGCUCUUCAUCUACUGCGUCUACCUGUUCUUCGGCAUCUUUGUCUAUUCCUUCCAGGGCCAGUUCGCAUUCAACCCCGUCAUGCAGGGACUGUCCUCGUACGGCUUCCAGACGGCGACCAACAUCAUGAACAUCAUCACCGGACUCAUCGCCGCUGCGCUGUACGGCAACAUCGGAUUCAAGGUCGUCUACAUCGAGGUCCUUGAGGAGAUCUUUGGCUUCCCGCCUCUGACCAAGAGCAAGGGCAAGAUUGCGUGGGCCAUCAGCAUCCCCAUCUACUGGGCCGUUGCGUUCAUCGUCGCGGCCGCCAUCCCGCAGUUCUCGUACAUCUCCGGCCUCAUUGGAGCCUUCUUCAUCUUGAGCUUCACGUACACGUUCCCCGCGCUGGUUGCCCUCGGUUUCUGGAUCAGAAAGGAUGCCAUGAUGCCCGAGGAAAGGUUCGAUCCGGCAACCCGAACGUACAACUACGUCGACACGGGAUUCGCGCGAUGGAAGCGGGCCUUUUGGAAGCGACCGGUCUUCAACGUCUUCAACUUCUUCUACAUGCUGGGGAGUUUGACGACGACGGGCCUGGGCGUGUACUCGAGUAUCGAGGGUUUGAUCGGGGCGUUUUCGGGCAAGAGUGUUGCGACGAGUUUUGGUUGCACGCCGCCAGUAUAAUGACUUUGAGUGCCGGCAGACGUUUUUUAGCUUGCGUUUCGCGUUUCAUGUAGCAAACGAUCUUGAGAAGUGCAGCUCUUAUGUUAUUGCAUUAAUGAUUAGCCAUUCGCUCUAG